UAAAGCUAGUCUAAGAAAGAUAACUCCUAUCACCUUAGCCUCGGCUUCGGUAAAAGCCGUUAGUUUCCGUAACAAAGGUUGUCACAAAGCAUGCGCAAGCAUUCAACCUUUUCCAAAAUUCCGGUUACAGACGAAGCAAGCAACCAACCCUUUACCUACAUAAUCCAGCGUCUAUAUCCUUUUUUCCUAAACAUCAGUGUAAUUUAUUGGUAAAAUAUUUCUGAUUUCAAUUGCGGACAUGCUGCGCGCAAAAUCGAAGAGGAAAACCACAUCACCUUAUGCACGACCAGGUACCAGGUCCACCAGGACAUACCGAUCACAGGACCCUCCCCCUACAACCUCAUCAACGGGACAUGCCUCCUCUACAGAAUCCAGCCACGCUGCGACUGCCGAUCUUGGCUCCAUUGCCCCACCAUCAACAGCUACGGCAGGCAGCUCAACUGCUCCUCCUACAGAUGCAUCAGCAUCCAGUACUUCAGUGGUCAAGAUUCAGAACCCUAGCCCCCAAUGCAGACAAGUUUUCGGCACAAAUCCCUCCUACAUUAUUGAAUCUCUUAAGCCUGAGGUAGAGGACAUUCUUUCAGCAGCAGUGUCACAAAAUACCGCCACUACAUACCAAAGGGGCUUGGAUUCUUUUGCCUGGUUCAGGAAAAAAUAUAAUCUCCCCUUGCUAUGGCCCCCACCAGUUCACCAAUUUGUUAAUUAUAUAGCUUAUCUUUCAGCAGUUUCAGUAUCAUAUUCGACUGCUAGGUGUUACUUGAGUGGCAUUAGUUAUCAACUUCAAAUACAAGGGAAGGACGAUAAUACAAAAGCGUUUAUAGUGAAGAAAAUGCUUGAGGGCUUACAUAGAUUAAAACCAUCUAAAGACGUUCGGGCACCAAUUACAUUACCCAUGCUAAAUCAAAUUAUUUCUGCACUUCCAACGCUUUGCUCAAAUGAUUACGAGGCUACACUAUUUGCUUCAGCAUUUAAAUUGGCUUUUUUUGGCUUACUCAGAGUUAGCGAAUUUACAGUUUCUAGCAGUAAGGCAACUACCCUAUCGUUUUGCGAUGUCAGAGUAUCCGACACAGAAAUUCAGUUCUUCUUAAAGGGUUCCAAAACUGACCAACUUUGUAAAGGUGCAACAGUACAAAUAGCAUUCAAUAGCGAAACAUCUGCUUUAUUUUUUCACAUGCAACAAUAUCUAGCUAUAAGGCCCCAUGGUGAAGGUCCAUUCUUCUGUCAUCUCAAUGGUAAACCACUCACUUCAUAUCAGUUUACCGCAAUUUUAACUAGAUCAAUCAAGUUCAUUGGUCUUGACACUUCAGUAUUUAAAUCACAUUCAUUUAGAAUAGGCGGGGCUACUCAUUUGUACCAAAAGGGGGUUCCUGAAGAAGAAAUUAAGUUAAAAGGCAGAUGGAAAUCAAAUGCUAUGUACUCUUACAUUCGAAUAUAGAUAUUAUUUUUUAAUGCACCUGUCAACGUUCAAGUACUUUGUGCUAACAAGUAUACUAAGUUUGCAGGUGCACUUAAAGUAUGGAUAAUUGGAUCAUCACUAAUUCAUUAUGCCCAUCGUCACGCAUUUAUCAACUAUUCGGACCAGCAUUUGCACCUACAGACCCACAACAUAUCAAUAAGUUGGUUUGGCAAGAGAGGCAUGAUUUGGGAGGACGUCGAACCCAAGAUAUAUGAACUUAUUGGUCAGUUUGGACAUCCUGAUGUUUUAAUGAUACAUUGUGGGGGGAACAGUAUCGGGACUAUGUCAUUACGCCAUCUGCAAAAGUUCAUGAAACUAACAAUUGUCAAUAUUCUAAACAAGCUACCUCAUUGUAAAAUAAUUUGGUCUCAAAUCCUCCCCAGAAAUUAUUAUAGGCAUAUGUUUUCACAACAAGCUGCCGAAAAAGCACGGAUUAGAAUAAACAGUUCACUGUCAAAUUUCAUUUUGCAAAGAAACGGAGGUUAUAUUUACUACCCAGAUUUAAAGCAAUGCACACCAAAUUUGUUUCCGGACGGUACUCAUUUGUCUGAUAUAGCCCAAACCUUAUUUUUGAAUGGUAUUCAAGGUGGCCUGUACAGUAUUAUUUGUAAACAAGUUCAGGUCUACCCCCCUUCUUUAUAAUUGUCAUGCAAGUUAAAUAAUGCAGUUUUUGUCAUGGUAUGGGCAAAAUUUGCCCGCUUGUGGCGGAUGUCUACAUGCAUCCUUUGCUACUGCUGCAGUUGCAUGUCGACAUAUGGCCGAAUUUUGCUUGAAGCACGCUGCAGGUUCUGUUAUCUUCCAGGAUCUGCGGCCAAUAAUUGUGCUUCCGUCAUUGUGCCAUUGCUAUUGAUUCUACGUCAUAUACUAUUGAUAAAGUCGACGUAGACCAUUGUUUGUGAACUCAUUGUUUAUCAUUGAUCUAUUGAACUAUUGAACAGUUAUUGAUCAUUACAUAUAUUAUUGAUCUACCCAUCUAUUGAACAGUUAUUGAUCAUUACAUGUAUUAUUGAUCUUUGCAACUAUUGAACUAUUGAACAGUUAUUGACCAUUGUAUAUAUAUUCAUUGUCUGAUUAUGCAUAUCUCAUUUUAUCUAAAAGUAAAGCCAUGACAAAAAACUGCCAAACCAUAGUUGCUUUAUUCUAUCGAAAUAAUCCGACUUAACUCAUUAUGAGUUAAGUCAUGUUAUUGAGAUGGAUAAAGCUAGUCCAAGAAAGAUAACUCCUAUCACCUUAGCCUCGGCUUCGGUAAAUGUCGUUAGUUUCCGUAACACAGGUUGUCACAAAGCAUGCGCAAGCAUUCAACCUUUUCCAAAAUUCCGGUUACAGACGAAGCAAGCAAUCCCUCCCACCCACCCC